CACUCAUCUCCCAGCAUUCCCCACACCUGUCCCUGUUUGUUUAAACCCCAGCCUGGGAAGUAUGGACACCCUUCAGGAUCAGUCUCACCACCAUGCUUCUUCUGACUCCAGUCUUGGUAGCUGUCAUCUGCAUUUUGAUGGUGUGGAUCUUUAAAAAUGCUGAUGGAAGCACUGAGAGAAGGAAGGGGGAGCCUGGGGCUGAGGCUCAUCCCUGGGUGGAUGAAGACUUGAAAGACAGCACCGAUGUCCACCAGGAGGAAGCAGCUCCACCUAUUGAAUCCUCCAUUGCAUCUUCAUCUUCUGUGGAUUUUCACAGCUCUCUGAACAGGACGGAAGCAGAGGAAACCAGAAAAACGGUAGAAGCAGGCAGGUGUAAAGAUAAAUUUAGUGUAGAGGCUGAUGAAUGGCAAGAGUCAGAGGAAGAGGUGGAACACAUCCCAUUCUCCCACAAUCGAUACCCAGAGAAGGAAAUGGUUAAGAGAUCCCAGGAGUUUUAUGAACUUCUCAAUAAGAGACGGUCUGUUAGAUUCAUAAGUAACGAGCAAGUCCCAAUGGAGGUCAUUGACAAUGUCAUCAAAGCAGCAGGAACAGCCCCAAGUGGGGCCCACACAGAGCCCUGGACAUUUGUGGUUGUGAAGGACCCCGACGUGAAGCAUAAGAUUCGGGAGAUCAUUGAGGAGGAAGAGGAAAUAAACUACCUGAAGAGGAUGGGACCUCGAUGGGUCACAGACCUGAAGAAAUUCAGGACCAAUUGGAUUAAAGAGUACUUGGACACUGCCCCUGUUUUGAUUCUCAUUUUCAAGCAAGUCCAUGGAUUUUCUGCAAAUGGCAAGAAAAAGAUUCACUACUACAAUGAGAUCAGCGUCUCCAUCGCUUGUGGCAUUCUCCUAGCUGCCCUACAGAAUGCUGGACUGGUGACUGUCACCACCACGCCUCUCAACUGUGGCCCCCGUCUGAGAGUGCUUCUGAACCGCCCCACCAAUGAAAAGCUCCUGAUGCUGCUCCCUGUGGGGUACCCCAGCGAAGACGCCACGGUGCCCAACCUCGCACGGAAAACUCUGGAUCAGAUCAUGGAUGUUCUGCCUCUUCACUAUCCGCUGAACGUCCUGUGUGUCCAGACAGACUGUGAGCCUUUGGAGGAUACAUGUGUUAGUAGCUCAGGCAUGUCUGAUUCUUUGCAACCCCACUGACUGUAGCCCACCAGGGAUUUUCCAGUGCUCACCUGAAUGUUCCUCUCUCAGCUGCUCACUCUCUGGACUACCUUUUCACUCUCUGUACUCGUUCCAAACCUGGACAAUGCUGGGAGCCAGCGUGAGGAGCUCCGCCUGUGGCAAAGGCCAUGAGGAAGGAGGCUCGGCAUACGCAAAGGCGGGAUCAAGCCUCAGGAGUCCCCCUGGAAAUUCUCGAGCAUCUACCCCCAAAACCAGAGUUUGCCUAGUUUACUGCUUUGUGUUCUCACUCACACCUCUGACUUUACGUGGGGCUGUCCCCCACCACCUCUCUCUGAAAAAGAGUUAAAUUACAGCUCCAGUUAAUACAGUUCCUGGUCGUGACAAGAGUGUUUUAGUUCACAACCGUGAGAGGCA